GCCAGAGAGGGAGACACACACAGAGCGUACUGCGUGUACUACUACUGCUACAUCUACAUAUAUAUACUUAGAGGCUUACACAUUUGUGUUGUACUACGUACGUACACGAGCAGACGCUCAGACAUAUCGUGUAUACGCUUUGAGACACGCAUAUACCGACAACAGCAGCUACGCAGACACACAUAUAUACAAGCUGACACACAUAUACGAGGACAUAUAUGCACACAUCCAUAUCGACACACAUACACGUACACUUAAUCAUACAUAUAGACAUUCAUGUACACACACGUACAUAACACCCUUAGAUACAUAUACGCAUUGGCUCGCAGAUAUACAAACACAUAAAUAUAUAGAUACAACAACAACCGGCGUUCGCCAUCAAGUGGCGGGGCCGUCACCACGGUGCUUGUGCCAGGCUAGGUGCGCCUGGCACACGUGACGCCACGCACCACGUGGGCCACGGGCAUCGCGAGUCCGCGCAGCCCAGCAGAGAAGGCGCGGCCAUCGGUGAUGAUACUGAUACGAUCAACGCGUUAUGUUUGAGAACCCGGUUUAACCACGGAAGGCUGCCCCCCGCAUCUCGAGCCCAGCUUCUCGGUGGUGUCAGCCGAGCUCUGAUCUGACCUCUGGGCCACUCGGCCACCUUCCCAGCUGCCGGCGCAAGGGACAUUUGACCUUUUGUGAACCACACCCAUCCACCGGCACCAACACAGAUCCAGCACAGGUCUUGUCAUGACGGCGCUGUGCACGCGGUGUUCCCUCCUGUGCCUCGUGCUGCACGUCUCGACAGCGUCACUGACGGGCAUCAUCUUCCCGGACCCGAUCGUGCUGCGCGUGGGCUCCCCGCUGUCCGCGCACUGCCUGCUCCUCUUCGCCACGCCACGGCCCUCGGACGCGGACGCCGAGCCCUGCACCUCGUCCCACCUCCACUGGAGCCUCAACGGCACGCGGCUCCCCGGCGCGGCGCACCGCACGCUCAACGCCACCGCGAGCGAGCUGCUCGUCAACACGUCGGGGCCGGCGAGCGCGCUCCUGUUCCCCGGGAAGACCGUGCUCACGUGCACCAUGGACUGCCCCUUCCAUGGGCUGCAGACGCUCUACGGGGUCGAGGUGCACGCCGGAUACCCCCCAUGGGCGCCCCGGGCCCCGUACUGCGAGUCGGCCGGAGUGAACGGGAACAUGAGCUGCACGUGGGAGCCUGGGGGGACGACGUUCCUGAGCACGAACCACAUACUGCAGUACCGCGAGCACGGGCUGGAGAGGCCCUGGACUGACUGCGUUUCGCUGCAAGACACUGCCGCUUCUGCUGUAGCUUCUGCUACCUCGACGUCGUGCACGCUUCCCCGCGAGAAGCUGCUUCUCGGAAGGCACUACGACCUCCGUGUAAUCGCCCACAAUGCACUUGGGCGUGCCGAGUCCGCCGUGAUCACCACGUCUCGUCGGCAAACAGUGAAGACGGACACCCCAGUGUGGGAGAAGCCCAUUCUGACGGAGGGCCUGGCGGAGGAGGUCACGCUGCGCUGGAGCCCGCCGCCCAACGCCAACUACGAGCACUACUUCCCGCUGCAGUACGAGCUGUCCGUGACCAGCCACGCCGACGGCACCACCACCAAGUACUCGAACAUCCAUACAAACUCGCGCACCCACUCGCUGUUCUCCCUACGCCCGUACUCGAGCUACACGGCUCGCCUGCGCUGCACCUUCGAGUCCGGCGCCGUGGCUGGCAAGGCGAGGGGCCGGGCCGCUCCCCCGCCCGUGUGGAGCGAGUGGAGCAAGCAGCUCAACUUCACCACCCCCGAGGCUGCACCUCUUGUAGCCCCAGAGCUGUGGAGGAUCCCUGGUGAACCAGACAAAAUGGGGAACCAAGUGACGACUCUGGUUUGGAAGGCACUGGACAAGUCACUGGCACGAGGGGAGAUACUCGAGUACCGCCUCGCCUGCUCCCACACCUCCAAGAAGCGGCACGGAGGCUGUGAGGGUGCAGGAAAAUUGCACCAAGAAGCAGAUGAGCAUGGAGAAGGAGGUGAAGAUGAUGGAGGCCACGAGUGCUCGGGCUCCCUGCGGCGCCUCGAUGCGACGAGACGCUCGCUGACCGUGCGCACCCCGGCAUCGGCACCUGUCGUCGCCUCGCCCACGGGGAGGUCGAGGGUCACAGUGGCGGGCGCACUCGUCUGGCUCUGGGUCUGCAACAGCGCGGGGGCCUCGCCCGUCGCACACAUCCGCAUCGCCACGAGGAAGCCACAACGAGGACCCCUCAGGGAAUCGCUGACCCUAGACGUGCGGAGCGGAGGGGACACACGGCUCGACGCCAAGUGGCGGUGGUUGCCGCCGCCGCCUCUGAAGCCCUCGGGCUGGGCGCUGCAGGUUUGCCGCCGGUGCGAGGAGGAGGAGGCCUGCUCGGAGCCGCGCUGGUGGAGGCUGCCAGCCGAGGCCCGCUCCGCACCAAUCGACUCGGUGGUGCGUGGCCGGUGCUAUGCCGUUUCCGUUUUUCCCAUCAUGGCGGAUGCCUCGGUGGGGGCGGCCGUGUACAAGCGGGCCUACUCGGCCGAGGAGGCCCCGUCUGCUGGCCCGAGUGGGAUACACGUGCGACAAAGGAAGACCUCAGCCAUGGUGUCGUGGAAUCCACUUCAGCUUGCGGACCAGCGAGGGAUUCUUCUCGACUACAGCAUCAACGUCAAUAGCAUCAGCAACAAGCUUAGGACGCUGUUUGUGAGUUGGAACGAGAGCGAGGUGCUGCUGCUGGAUCUCACACCGAGUUCCAUGUACACGGUGAGCGUGUGUGCACGCAACGCCGCUGGGCGCGGGCCACGCAGCACGGAGUACACCUUCAGCACACUCGCAUACGACGUGGGGGAGCUGGAAGCCAUCGUGGUGUCGGCAAGUCUCCUGGGCCUCUUCUUCCUCGUGGUCAUCAUGCUGGUGUGGAGCAAAGUGCAGGGCAGGUUCAAGGAGAUAUGCUGGCCUAAUGUCGCGUCGCCCAAAGAAAGCAAGGCCCUCAAAGGCCUGGUCUUCAACAAGCAGACGAGUUCAGAGCCCAUCAGCCCUGUGAGCCAGAAUUCCUGGAUCUGUGAUGCCGAACCAAACGUCAUUCAGACGGAAGAGGAGUUUCCUCUCAACUUCGAGGAGCCCAGAGACAAGUGUCCCCCUGAGCAGACCUCCCUCCCCACACCUCACGGCAACAGCAACGGCGGUAGCAGCGGCGGCGGCGGCAGAGGCAGGGGCAGUGGCGGUGGCGACGAUGAACCGUACUCGUCCAUAUCCCUCGUUGACCACGGCACCAAAUCGACAUCUCCAGCACCGGCGGCACCGAUACUGCCGCUACCGCCACCGCCGCAGUCAGUGCGGCGCUACAUCAACACCGUCGCUCCCUCUUACGAAAACCUCAUGGCGGGUGACGGGCAAUGGCCGGCUGCACGUGAGCAACCGAGGCCCGGUGGCAGCCAGCAACGAGAAAACGAAUUUGGCGGCGGUGGUGGUGGCAUUAUCGAUGUUGGGGCCGGUUAUGGUAGAAGGGGCAUUUUUAGUGGCGGCGGUGAUGGUUGUGUUGGUAACGGUGGAGUUGGUGUUUCUGGUAAUGGCAAUGAUGGUGACAAUGUUUUUGGCGGCGGCGGCGGUGGCGGUGGAGGUCGUCGAGACACGAGGCACGUGGAGCUGUUUGUGGAUAUGGAAAAAGUUUUGCUGCUCGACCCGGACACGGCAGAGAGUCCCACUGAGCCCGGCAUGGUGAUGAGCUACCUGCCGCAGUCGGUCAAGGACCCCGGUUACAUGCCCCAGUGAGCUCCUCACCCCCCCCCCCCCUCGUAUACCCCAUCAACAGUUCUUGUCCCACUCUAUCCCGAUGGUGCUAUCGGUGCCAUUUCAUGAGACGGAGAAUCCGUUCGCAGCUUCCAUAAGGGAGUGCAACCCACCCGUGUUAGAGAUCAACCCUUGGAAGUGGAACUCAUGGAACUACUUCUGGGAUCCUUUCAAGUGCGGGUCGUGUUCCACUUGACGGAUGUGUCAAUAGUGUGAUGGCAGUGUUUAGUUUCAAUCCGCGAUGCUAUUCCGGAAAUUAUUUUGGCACGACACUUAGAUCUCGCCUCACUUUGUCCUCAUUUGACACAUUUUGCCUUCACAGGAUUAUAGGAAUAUACGGAUUAAUAAUUAAACGACUUAUGGAUGGGCAUGCCGAGUAUUCGAGUGGUCGUGCCUUAGACAGAUAAUCCCGAGUCCAAGCCAGUCUCGCAACGCUACAGAAAUGCUUUUAGAUCGUUUGGCUGCAACUAUAAAUUCGCACAUACAAGUCACUUAGAUGAACUAUCACGCGUGGCCAGGUCGCCUCUGGACAAGGGCUGGAAGCUCGGCUGGCUUUACGUGGUGUGUAAAAUAGUUGUUGUUUAUAGUGGGGUGCUGGGGUGGAACCUUCACUUCAACAUGUCCCUUUGGCCCCCCCCCCACCCAUGUACUUCCGCCCCCACCCACGUGUACUUCCCCCCCCCUCCACCCACGUGU